ACCAAAACCAGUAGCUAGCUACCUCUUUAUCAUGCCAUUGGUUUUUAGAAACCUUAUCCCACCCACAAUCACUUCUUAGGAUAUAAAAGAAACCUUAAUUCAAUUAUAUCCUCAAUCAAAACCAAAUCAAGCUAGAGAAACUUCUUAUAUAUUUUCUCAUACUAAUUAGCAACACUAUAUAAGCAAGCUUUUAAAUUAUUUCAUGAUGAGUUCAACAAACAGAAUUUGGACAGUUGCAGCUAGUGUUGGAGUAGUGGAAGCCUUGAAAGACCAAGGUUUAUGCAGGUGGAAUUAUGGUUUAAGAUUAGCUCAACAUCAUGUCAAAAAUCAUUUGAGAUCUUUGUCUCAAGCAAAGAAGCUUUCAUCUUCCAAUUCUUAUGCUAUGGUUCCUAAUGGAUUAAAGGAAAAAGAGGCAAGGCAAUCAGAGGAAUCCUUGAGGACAGUCAUGUACUUAAGUUGUUGGGGUCCUAAUAGUUAGAGCCACUAAUGUUGUAACAUAUAUUGAUAUGUAAUUUUUUUAUAAGCAUUGAAUGUAAAUUUUGAUAAAUGGAAGUGUUAAGAAAAUUCAUAA